AUGCUGGUAAUGUGUCGCGGGCGCAGGAAGUUCCUGGCGGCCUCCCUCGCCCUGGUCUUCAUCCCAGCACUCACCUGGCUUUACUUGUCAGUUGGGAGCUUUCAAGAUAUGAAACCCCUGCCACUCUCUCCACUGGAGGUCCAGUCAUCAACACCAGUGGGAGGAGCAGGCGAGCGGCAGGCUUUAGAACUGCGGGUCCGGGCAGUGGAGGAGGAGAACCGUGCACUGCGGCGAGAGCUCAGUCGGCCACCCAGGAGCCCGUCGGCACGCCUUCCACACGGCAGGCACCGCGGCAACCAAAGCCGAACCCACUCAGAGGAGGGCACCGGCGACAAUGAGGGCCAGAAAGCUGCUGCAGUGGGUAAUAGCUCAGACUGUGUGCAGCAGCCAGUGGUCGAUAAAUGUGAGACGAUCCACGUGGCUAUCGUAUGUGCAGGUUAUAAUGCAAGUCGAGAUGUGGUGACACUGGUUAAAUCGGUCCUUUUCCACAGGCGGAACCCCCUACAUUUCCAUUUCAUCACAGACUCCAUUGCUCAGCAGAUCCUGUCCUCUCUGUUCCAUACCUGGAUGGUUCCUGCUGUCAGGGUUGACUUCUACGACGCAGAUGAGCUGAAGUCUGAGGUGUCAUGGAUCCCGAACAAACAUUACUCCGGGAUCUAUGGUUUGAUGAAGCUGGUGCUCACCAAGACUCUGCCGUCCGAUCUGCAAAGAGUCAUCGUUCUGGACACGGAUAUCACCUUUGCCACUGAUAUCGCUGAACUCUGGGCUGUCUUCCACAAGUUCAAAGGUCAACAGGUCCUGGGUCUGGUGGAGAACCAGAGUGACUGGUACCUGGGGAACCUGUGGAAGAACCAUCGACCGUGGCCGGCUCUGGGCAGGGGCUUCAACACCGGGGUGAUUUUGCUUCUCCUGGAUCGGCUGCGGAAGCUGAGAUGGGAGCAGAUGUGGAGGUUGACUGCAGAGAGAGAACUAAUGAGUAUGCUGUCCACCUCCUUGGCAGAUCAGGACAUAUUCAACGCUGUGAUCAAACAGAACCCUUUCCUGGUUCACCAGCUGCCGUGCUUCUGGAACGUCCAGCUGUCCGAUCACACACGCUCUGAGAAGUGCUACAAAGACGUUUCAGACCUCAAGGUGAUCCACUGGAACUCUCCCAAGAAGCUGCGAGUGAAGAACAAGCAUGUCGAGUUUUUCCGUAACCUCUAUCUGACCUUUCUGGAGUACGAUGGCAACCUGCUGCGGCGAGAGCUGUUCGGCUGUCCCAGCGAGGCCGACCACAACAGUGAGAACCUCCAGAAGACUCUGUCAGAGCUCGAUGAAGAUGAUCCUUGUUACGAGUUUCGUCGAGAACGAUUCACCGUCCAUCGAACACACCUCUACUUCCUCCACUAUGAGUAUGAACCCAGCUCUGACAACACUGACGUCACUCUAGUCGCCCAGCUCUCUAUGGACAGGCUCCAAAUGUUGGAGGCCAUCUGUAAGCACUGGGAGGGCCCCAUCAGCCUGGCCCUGUACCUGUCCGAUGCCGAGGCCCAGCAGUUCCUGCGCUACGCUCAGGGUUCCGAGGUGCUGAUGAGCCGUGGGAAUGUAGGUUACCACAUCGUCUACAAAGAGGGACAGUUCUACCCAGUCAACCUCCUGCGUAACGUGGCCAUGCGGCAGGUCAACACACCCUACAUGUUUCUAUCGGACAUCGACUUCCUGCCCAUGUAUGGCCUCUACGAGUAUCUCAGGAAGUCAGUGGUGCAGCUAGAUAUGGCCAACACCAAGAAAGCUCUGGUGGUUCCAGCCUUUGAGACGCUGCGAUAUCGCCUGUCCUACCCAAAAUCCAAGGCUGAGCUGCUCUCUCAGCUAGACAUGGGGACACUCUUCACCUUCAGGUAUCAUGUGUGGACUAAAGGCCACGCACCAACUAACUUUGCCAAAUGGCGGACUGCCACCACACCCUACAGGGUGCAGUGGGAGGCGGACUUUGAGCCCUACGUCAUGGUGAGGAGGGACAGUCCUGAGUACGACCGCCGCUUUGUGGGCUUCGGCUGGAACAAGGUGGCUCACAUCAUGGAACUGGAUGCUCAGGAGUACGAGUUUGUGGUUCUGCCCAACGCCUACAUGAUCCACAUGCCUCAUGCGCCCAGCUUCGACAUCACCAAGUUCCGCUCCAAUAAGCAGUACCGGGUCUGUCUCAAGACCCUGAAGGAGGAGUUCCAACAGAACAUGUCGCGGCGCUACGGCUUCGCCGCCCUCAAGUACAUGACGGCCGAGAACAACAGCUAG